AUGGAGCCGAAACAAAGCUUGACAGCAACGGAAAAGCAGAGCAUGAAGAACAGCAGCAGUGAAGUGCGGGUGUGCGUCACCGGUGGCGCCGGGUUCAUCGGCUCCUGGCUCGUCAAGAAGCUCCUCGAGAGAGGAUACACCGUGCACGCCACGCUGCGGAACACCGAGGACGAGGAGAAGACCGGGCUGCUGCGGCGGUUGGUCCCCGGCGCGGCGGAGCGGCUGCGGUUGUUCGAGGCCGACCUCUUCGACGCCGCCACCUUCGCGCCGGCGAUCGCUGGGUGCCAGUUCGUCUUCCUCGUCGCCACGCCAUACGGGCUCGAAGCCGCCGGCUCCAAGUACAAGAGCACGGCGGAAGCUGCAGUGGCCGCGGUGCGCGUGAUCCUCCGGCAGUGCGAGGAAUCCAAGACUGUGAAGCGCGUCAUCCACACCGCCUCCAUAUCGGCCGCUUCGCCGCUCAAGGACAAGGACGACGGCUCCGGCGCUGGGUUCAAAGAUUUCAUCAGCGAAUCAUGUUGGACGCCGCUCGACGUUGACUACCAUCUUCGCAGCGCACACUUCGAUAAGUACAUACUGGCGAAGCUGCAGUCGGAGCAGGAGCUCCUGCGCUACAACGAUGGCGAAAGCCCGGCGUUUGAGGUGGUGACUCUGCCCCUGGGCCUGGUCGCGGGCGACACGGUCCUCGGCCACGUGCCGGAGACGCUGGAGCACGCCGUGUCGCCGGUGUCACGGAAGGAGUUCUCCUUCAUGUUCCUCCGGCUGGUGCAGGGCCUGCUCGGCUCCGAGCCGCUGGUGCACGUCGACGACGCCUGCGACGCGCUCCUCUUCUGCAUGGGCGCCCCUCCAUCGCCGGCCGCUUCCUCUGCGCCGCCGCGUACCCGAGCAUCCACGACAUCACGGACCACUACGCCAACAAGUUCCCUCACCUCGACGACGGAGGCGGUGGUGGCAAGGGUGCAACCUGAGGGGGACAGGUUGGGAGAGCUGGGGUUCAGGUACAAGUACGGGAUGGAGGAGAUCCUUGAUAGCAGCGUUGCCUGUGCAGCAAGAUUGGGUUUUCUUGACGCAGCCAAGCUCAGCGUGUAG